CUCCCACUCACUUUUAGUUCGAGUUUUGUAGUCGACGGAGCAACGAGAAUCCCAGUUUUGUGUCCCCUUAUUUUUCGGUAUUUCUGCAGCUGCUUUUUGAUUGACACUGACCAGAACGACCAUGUCCCUGGAACCCAAGGAUAUUUCCGUCACAGGAAUGGAUGAAAACGAAGUGUCCCCAAAAGUGGAGGAGAAUCCGAACACAGUUCCGGUAAAUGAUAUCAUACCACAGAAUACAACUGAUGCUGCUCACAUGGAGGAAAUCGCCCAGAAAUCUGAGGAGGAUCCCAGAAUUUUACCGCAUAAUGAAGACAACAACGCUAUCAAGCAGGAAAUCCCACACAAGUCGGAGGAGUCUCUAAAUCGUGUCCCGAAAAUGGAGAUCAUUGCCCAAAAUGAAAUUAAUGAUGCUCCCAUGGACGAAGUCUCCCAGAAAUCGGAGGAGGACUCCGAUGAUCUCUCGGAGGAAAUUCCCCAAGGAUCGAAGAAGGUGCCGAAUCCUAUCCCUAUAAUUUCUAAUAAAACCGAUUUCGAAACUAAUGAUGCACCAAUGGAGGAGGUUCCCCAGGAAUCGGAUGAAGUGCCCCAGAAGGCGGAGGACAUCCCCCAGCAAUCGGAGGAGAAGGCUGUGACCGAAGUGGAGAGUGCAGUCAAAUUGGAAAAGGAGGUGUCCUCCACUGUGGUGGUCAUGGUGGAGCAGCCGAACACGAUCAUUGAGCUGGUGGAUCUCUAUGUGCCCCCCGUUUCCCUGGUCCCCAGCAAGGUGAUCUUCAUGAACAACGAUGCACCGCGUCCCUUCUUCUCGCCAGCAGUGCCCCAGGCCCUGCCCAAGGACAACGCCACUUUGCUGUACACCGAACCAACCAGCACCUCGCUGGAAACCCCGUCCGGCUCCUCGGCCGCGACUGGGGAUGCAGAUGACAAUACGGCGAAAGGCGGUCGUAGGCGUGGCCGGAAGCCUGCCACGCCUAAGACGGGUCCCACCAAACGGCGUCGUCGCGCGCAAAUGCCACCUCCGCUGCCCCCACCCCCGAACUUCCUGGAGAACUGUAUCAAUCCGUUGGAGAAUGAGAUCUACCCCAAGGUCAUCGUGCAGCCGGCCCACCAGCCUUGGGUGCUGCCCAGGGAUCUCAAUGGCGGGGAUCCCUCGAAGGCGGAGGCGCAGCCGCCCGUGGCCGUCCCGGUCAGCGGCGAGGUGGCCACCUCGACCACCCAGUCUCAGCCGGCGGUCAGCGAUGCCCAGCUGCGCCAGAAGCUACAGCUCUUCGGGCCGGAUGUGCAGCUGACGCAGCUGCGGGGUCACGACCCCGCACGCUUCAAGGCCGUGCGGCAGGAGCCCAAUGGCGACCAGACCCAGCUCAUCUUCACCGCCCAGCAGCUGGUCUCGUUCAGCCACAACCACGGCAAGUUCAUAGAUUUGCUGUCGGCCCAGGGGCAUCUGCCCACGCCCACGCCGGCCACGAUUUCGCACUACUUCCCCGGACCUGGGGGUCAACUGCUGGCCAGUCAGUACUUUGCCAGUCAGCAAGGUGUUUUCAAGGCUCCCGAUGCGACCUUCAAGGCUCCCGCUCCCGCUCCCGAUCCGGUCUUUAAAGUGCCCACAAAGAGGCCUCCGCCGGCUCCCACCUCUGCACGCUUCCUAAAUCCCACAUAUCUACGUUCCAGUCCCCGUCCCUUAAAUGGGUUCCGCACGGCCACCGCCCCGUAUGGCCCGGCUAAACUAGCUGCCCUAUCUGCCCCAACUGCCCCAACCUCCCCAACUGCCCCAUAUACAUUACGUGCAUCAGCUCCAGCAGCUACGCCACCUGCAUCAUCUUCAUCAACCCCGCCAUCUGCUCCUGCCAUCGCUUCUCCUCCUGCCCCGGAGAUCAAAAAGUCGCCCUUCGUAAUCACCCCGGUAUUCGCGUUGCCCUCGAUCCUCAAACACAAGUCGCAGGAGAAGCUGCGCAACACUUUGCAGGUCCAGCGAGCCAAGAAGGCAGCCGAGGAGCUGUCCAAGCUGGCCAGGACGAUCCAGGGCAAGGAGCAGGAGGAAGCCGACAAGGAAAAUAAGGAAGCGGACAAGGAAAAGGAGGAGGAGGAGGGCAAGGAAAAGGUGGAUGCCAAGGAUUCGCAGUCGUAAAGUCAAAGAUAAGCUCCUAUUUUAGACCACACAACAAACCUCUAUCUGAGCCCCGCUUCAAACAAACAAUUAAAAAAAAAAACCCAGCACUGGUAAAAAUUUGUAUAAUUUAUCUCAUAAAAUGUACAAUAAUUUAACACACUCCAAAUAAACAUCAAAUAAAAUAGCAAUGCUAAUUGGCUUUAAUAAGUCGGCCAAACAAAAUGGUUUGCUCUCGUGGUCUAGUGUAAUCUUUUUGUCACUAAUUGCAGACCGACGUCAACACUGCACUAUUAACUGCGAUAAUUGGACCUCAUUCGUUUGAAGACCAGAUCAAAUACACAAGG